AGGAAGUUCGUCCGUGUGCUUCCUUCGGCUCCUGCUCGGCGCUGGGAGCCUUAAUAUCGCUGCGGGAGAGAAGCUGCGGCGGCGGCUGAGCUCCGGGAGAAGUCAGGCUGCUGUCAGCGGAGCUGGAGCCGCUGUUAGCGGGGAGGUUAGCAGCAGAGCCGCGGAGGCAGCGGGUCGGACAGGACGCAGCCGCAGAGACGCACAGAGACAUGGACGCUGCUUUCAGCCCCGACCCCCACAGACCAGAAGGCAUAGAGACCUGCAGUGAGAGCAGGGAACAGGUGGAGGAAGAUCUGGAGAGAUGGAGGUUAGGAGCAGCAGGACAGCAUCCAUGUGAUGUGAAUGAGAAGAACCCAAAUGGAGCAGAGAUGAAGGAUUACAGGUGGAGAAAAGUGUCAGAUGUUCAGGAGAGGCUGCUGGUUAAAGAAGAAGCUCCUGAAGAACAGAGUCAUGGUGGUGGUGAUCACCAGGACCCAGAGCUCCUUCACAUCAAAGAGGAACAGGAGGAAAUGUGGACCAGUCUGGAGGAAGAACAGCUUAAUGUGAAGGAGGAGGCUGAUCCCACAGUGUUUCCACUAACUGUGGUUCUUGUGAAGAGUGAGGAUGAGGAAGAGAAACCUCUGUCCUCACAGCUUCACCAGCACCAACCAGAAGACAGAGAUCUACCAACCAGCAGCUCAGCUGACCAGAUGAAGGCAAAAACCGAUGAAGAGGACUCUGGAGGAUCAGAAUCCAGUAAGAACUCAGUUCCAAAUACCCAUGGAGACACUUCCAGCUCUUCAGAAACGGAGGUCAGUGAUGAUGAAGAGGAGGAUGAUGUGAGCCAUCCUGACUCUCAGCUACAACACCUGUCAGACUCGGGGGCUGACACUGAAGACAGUGAGAAUGACUGGAAGGAGAGCAGAGCUCCCGAAGCUGGAGUAAACACUGCCAACAAGUCUUUAAGCUGCUCUGAGUGCGGUCAGCAAUUUUUUAAUGAGUGCUCCCUUCAGAGACACACAACAUGUCACUCAACAGCGAGGUCUGCAGGCUGCUUGGUGAACAACAAAAGUGUUGGAGACAAGAAAAAUGUGGACUCGCUGUGGAAAGUCAAGACAGGUGCAAAAUGUUUUACCUGUGAUGACUGCGGUAAAACUUUUAACUGGAAAAAUAAUAUAAAUGUGCACAUGAGAAUUCACUCUGGUGAGAAACCGUUCGGCUGUGAUGUUUGUGGCCGAAGAUUCAGCCAAAAGUCACAUUUAAACAUUCACAAAAGAAUUCACACAGGAGAGAAACCAUUUGGUUGUGAUGUUUGUGAACAAAGAUUUAGUGAUAAGUCCCAUUUAAACAAACACAUGAGAAUUCACACAGGAGACAAACCUUUGGGUUGUGAUGUUUGUGGACAACGGUUUACUGAUAAGACAAGUCUGAACAGACACAUGAGGAUCCACACAGGAGAUAAACCGUUUAGUUGUGAGGAUUGUGGGCAAAGGUUCAGUGAUAAGUCAACCCUAAAAAAACACAUUAGGAUCCAUACCGGGGAGAAACCAUUUGGUUGUUAUGCUUGUGGAAAAAAAUUUAGCCUAAAGGGAAGUUUGAAAACGCACCUGAGAAUCCACACAGGAGAAAAACCUUUUGGUUGUGAUGUCUGUGGGCAGAGGUUUCGCCAACUGUCUAAUUUGAAUUCACAUUCAAGGAUCCACACAGGAGAGAAACCGUUUGGCUGUGAUGUUUGUGGAGAAACAUUUUCCCAAACAUCAACUUUUAACAGACACAUUUCCCGCAAACAUAACAACUAAAUGGUUUCUCCCUGUAUGCAUUCUAAUGUUUCAUAAUUUCUAUCUGCAGGGUUUUUCAUUAAAAUCCUGUCUAUUUUAACGUUGAUCUGACCAGUCAGAUUGAUAAUGUGUUGCGUUCUAUGUCCUGUACCCAUUUAAUCUGAUUGGGGAAUGAAAGGACAUUCAACAGAACUCUUCAAGUUGAUUGAGUGAAGCGACAUGUAGGGCUCGCCUACCAAAGUUUGGUUUUAGCCAAUUACGGUAUCAAACUAAAACAUAAGCAGCGCGCAUCAUUAGAAACCACAAGAAGGUAAUCUGGUCAAGGCAUUUCUUCUGGUUCUUCUUUCAAAGAAGAAAUUGUGGUUUCUUAUCAAACAGAUUUGAUGAUGGCAGCAGCUACGUGUGAAUCCUCCUGCGUUUCCAUGUUUAUUUUGGUUUGGACACAAAUGGUUGAAGUCAGAGCUGCACAAGAUGGAUUUUUGUGUGUUUGUGAACGUACAAAUACUGUGAGAAUUCAGCUUUCAGGCAAGUUUAGUUUAAUGUGCUUCAUUCUCUUCUUUAAAAAUGUUUCUGAAAUUAGCAGACCAACUAUCGCUAAGUAGAGCUGUCCCAUGCUCAAAAACAACUGUUUCUGGUCUUUUGUUUUGAAUAAAGUCAGAAAGUUUCCCACAAUGUAGAUUUAAACGCCUCCUCCAAGGCUCCAUCUGAAUCCCCUUAAUAAUAGCUCCUGCUUCUUGACCUUUCACGGGGUCAACAGUAGGAAUACUAUUGUGGGUUAGAAAGGAGCAUCGGGCUGUUGUGUUUCCAGAUAGCCUUUAACUACGACAUCAUUAUAUGAUGGAAAUGCACAUGGAUGAUGGGAGUCAAAUCUGGGCCGACAGCCUUCCCAAAAUUUAACUAUUAAAGUGUCGGCUGUCUUCUCUUCGGAUAUUUUCAUGAAUUUCCAAGAUGUGAG